AUGAUAGCCGAGCGCAACUGCCAUAGUUGCGCGGAGCAUCAUCGUAGCCGGCGGCGGCAUUGGCUGCCUCCGCCCAGUCUGGAGUUUUCUGUGGAGGAGAUCAGUCGGGAGCUGGCCAAACUGGGCGUCUCCGAGACCUCGCCAACCCGCCUGAUAGCUAUCAAACGCGAUCUGGAUGAGCUGAUCCGCCAGGAUCUUGAGAUGGCCCGUUCGAAGUCCUCCCUCGAGUUCUCCGCUCCCCACCGCCCCCAUCAACACUCCCAAGUUCUGACUAGUAGCGGUUCGAUCGAUGUACGUCAUAUGUUGCAAAAUGCUAUACUUAUUUCUUUAAGGUAGCGUUUAUUUUCACAUAAGGGAAAAUAUGCAGGUAUUUGCUAGCCUAGGCUUGCACCCAGCCGUUAGUAUUCAGGAAGAUUUAAUUUUUUUGUGAGAUGAGAAGGAAGAGCAAGGUGACAACAGGUGACAUUGACAGUUAAACCGUCGCAACCGGCAUUCACUGUGUGGCCCACCGGAGUGGGCGCAGCACUGGUUAGGCAGGCCUGACAGCACCUAUCGCAUUCUCUCCUCCUUCACCCGCCAGCCUUUGGUGGCAAGAAACAUCAAGAUGCCUUGGGGUGGGUUCGAACGCAGUGACUGACGAAGCUCAAUGGACCGUCUGGGCGUGCCACACACGGCCUUGUCUCUACAGCACGAGGGCGGCUACGGUGCCGCAUGCGUGAGUGUCAUGAAGGGCGCAUUAAGAAGGGACCAUUGCUGCCUUAGCCUGUCGGACAGUAAGUUUCCAAGCUAUGACUGACAGCGCGACAGUGGGCUGCUGUGCCAUGGGGAUGGGUCCUCCAGUGUCGACCUCGCUCUGUCCCUCCCUUCCCCCUCCCCCUAUGCACCAGCCGACUGUCCGAGGCUGUCGAAUCGCUUUUACUGGAAUUGGACGCGGUACGUGACAGAGCUAGGAAGACCCAUCUACGCGGGCCGCGCACGAUCCGGUCACCGGCUAAUGUGGCUGACGGCAGAUGGCACCCUGUUCCCAGUCCCUCAUGGUUUUCCAUAGACUGCGCUGUUUGGGUCGCGGCGUGAAAGCAUGCAUCUCACCAAUUUCACUUUAUGGUAAUCUGUACUGACGCAAUGUCGGAUUUUUGGCUUGAGGUAUUUAACAGCAUCGUGCUAGAAUUGCGUUCGACGGGCAACCAUCUGAUUGCCGAUAUUGCCUUGUCGUUUUGCGGAUCGACAACUGUUUUGGUGAUUUGCGGCACCGGCUUUUUCGUUGUCUUUUCGUCCUACCGAAUUUCAGCGACCCACUACGUCGGUAUGUCAUUUGAUAGAAAAGUCAUGACGCGCUACGAAGGUAGUCACACGAAACCCUGGCUGUCCCACAUUCAAGGUAAUGGCCAACUAGACUAUAAUUCAAAUUGCACUUCCCUCUGCAGCCGGAUUAUGGCUGGCUGAUGAUUACAAACGGAACUUUGUCUUUGUCAGUUACGCCUUUCCAUCAUUGACUCCCCAUUACCUGCCUGCGAAGACUCUGGAUCCGAAACUCCGAAGCAAAACUGGACAUUGCAAUGGGGCCACAGUAAUGAACGCCAUCUUUCGUGGCUUUGCGUAUUUCCAAUCGAUGCUGACAGAGCUCAGCUGCGUAGCUCAAGCGGUAUGACUACUUUCGAAAGCCAACUGGACUCGGGUUCAAGUCUCAAUUCUUUCCAGCUUGAGGUUUCGAUACUGCCGACUGACGACUGCUAAUUAGCCAGGAGUGGGUAUUUCUGUCUUUAUUUUCUUUGACCGUAAAAUUUAUCGAUUAAUGGGCUGGGCGACGACCUGUCAUAUGUUUGGGCGCCCAUGUCUUUUCCCUCAUACAAACCUUCUUAGACAACAUCCCUCACGCGUGCCAAUUAAGAAUACUUUUAUGUAGGCUGUGUCGUCCCAUCAAAACCACCUUUUGGGGCUGCUUCCCUUUAACAUGUAAGAUUCCUAACUUCAAUGGUAUGGGGCGCUCACCGGCCGUUCUUACGGAACUCACUCGUCCCGUUGUGCCGUACGGGCUCUCUCUCUCGAGCCCAACCAGCAGCCGCACAGCGGCGCAUGCUAUAGGCAGAAUGGCAAUACCGACAAAGACAAAGGAGACUGGAAUGGCAAUUUCUGGCUUAUUAGCCGUCGUCAGCCAGUCAUAUUCAACCCCGAAGUGUGAAACACCCGAGGCUCGAACUCACGACCUGUUAGUUAGAAGUCCACGCCUCUGACCACUGAGCCACGAGCCCGUUGCUCUGUCGGUUUUCGAUCGGGAAUAUACAAUGGUAGGGGUCGCCCACCGCUCACAUACAACUUAUAUCAUGCGCCGCUAUGCGGCUGCUAGUUGGGCUCGAAAGAGAGCCCGUAAGGCACAACGGAACGAAUGAGUUCCGUAAGAACGGUCGGUGAGCGCCCCCCUACCAUUGUAUAAUCCCAAUCGAAACCGACAAAGCAACGGGCUAGUGGUCCAGUGGUUAGAGGUGUGGACUUCUAACUAACAGGUCUCGAGCGAGCCUCCGGUGUUGCACACUUCGGGGUCGGGUAUGACUGGCUGACGACGGCUAAUAAGCCAGAAAUGGCCAUUCCAGUCUCCCUUGUCUUUGUCGGCAAUAAUAUAUUCCCAACGUCGCUCCGUUUAUAUCCACGAAAUGCGUGAUUUUAGUUCAUGCAGCAUGCCCAUCUAUUUGUCAAUGUAUUUCAUGCACAUGUUUUGCUUGUAGUCUACCAACACAGAAACCUGUAACCAAAAUUCGUCCAACACCAACAAGACGAGCGGCCGCCAACCCCGACCGAGUACGCGGCCCGAUGCUGAGGGCGAUUUUCCCUCCUCCUGUAACUCCACUCCGCAUGAGUGCAGUAGUUCUGUUUGCGAUCAACGGCAGCAACACCACCACCACCAUCAUCAUCAUCGACAGCAGAUGGAAGCGGGAAAUCCCGACGACCGGCCGAAGUUUCAAUUCCACUCACCUCUUCAAUCGGCUUCGGUAGAGAGUCUGGAGUCGCCGUUGGACUAUCAGAGCUGGUCAAGCCAGUCGUCUGCCGCAGCCGUGGACGAAAGUCUAAACGACCUGCUCUCAGAAACUAUCUACAUGCAGGAGGAGGGGGAGGAGGAGGAGAAAGAGGGCGCCGAAGCGGCCCAAUCGACGGACUUUGAGGAGAAGGAGGAACAAGAGGUUCUUGAGAGUUAUCAAGUUCUUAGUGGCAGCACCUCUACCCUGUGUUCUCACGGCCUUUCCCCCGUCUCCGCUUCUCCAGGCACCCAUGAAGGUUGGUUUUCGUCAACACCACCACCACCACCACCACCACCACCACCACCACCACCACCACCACCACCACCACCACCACCACCGCCACCAGUUAUUAAAUUGUGAUUUAUAAUUUAGCCUGAAAUUGCCGUGUCAGCGUAGAGAAAAGUAACGAUAGUAAUGACGUUGGCGGUAGUAGUAGUAGUAGUAGUAGUAGUAGUAGUAGUAGUAGUAGUAGUAGUAGUAGUAGUAGUAGUAGUAGUAUUAGUAGUAGUAGUAGUAGUAGUAGUAGUAUUAGUAGUGGUAGUAGUAGUAGUAGUAGUAGUAGUAGUAGUAGUAGUAGUAGUAGUAAUAUUAAGCGAAAAGGCACUCGUUUGGUUACGUUGCCUGGCCGUCUGACGUUUAGGAAAACCUUUUCGCCUUCCAAUCGUCAGGCUGUGGGCUCCGGUACUGUGUCCACAUUUUGGGACCUAUGCUCGGAACGAGCCACUCUGCCUGGUUAACAGUAUUAUCUGCGGAUUAACCUUUACUGCCUGUGUCUGUCAUUUACGUGCUUUGUUCAACCACUUAAGUUAUUUACAUGGUUGCGCAAAUCCGCAUGCCUAGCAGGGGAAACCAGUAUGUCGGUUUUUUGAACGCUCGCCUUGGUAACUUGCAUCUGUGGCGCCACACACGAGGCAAAGGACCUCCUUCGACAUCAAAUCUACUCACUGCUCAGGUCACACCGAAAACCCAUUCGCUACUAACAGAUGAACAAAAGACCCUAAGGGAGUUGAAAGAGAACAAUGCGAUAGUCAUUCUGCCUGCUGACAAAGGCCGGUUAACAGUUAUCCUUGACGAGGUAGACUACCGAAACAUGCUCCUCAAAAAUCGGGAGUCCUACAAAAUCAGCGACACCGCCAGUCUAAAGUCCCUACUGGCGAAGGUUAACAGAAUUCUGGAUCGACUGAAGAAGGACAAGGUCGUCACCGCCAAAGACUGGUAUAUAGCAAAGUCCAUAGUAACAGCUAUGGCACAAUUCUAAGGCCUUCCAAAGGUACACAUGCGAGAUGUUCCACCCCCCGACUAAUCGUCUCAUUUCGAGGCACACCCACAUACGGGUUUGCUAAUUGGCUAUUCCAGAAGCGAAGAUUCCUAACCGCGGGCUCGCAAACAACAGUGCAUUCAGCAGAACAAUUCCUUGACAAAAUAGGGGCGGUCACGAUCGGACCGAACGAAAGGAUAGUGUCAUUUGAUGUCGUCUCACUCUUCACCUCCAUACCACAGGUCCUUUCGGUUGAAAUGCUCAGUGAUCUGCUACGUCAAAAUUACAAUUAGGGCAAUAACCAGUCCACAGCUUAAAAUCUCAGAGGACCCAUGGGGCACUGCCCCAAAACAUUCUUUACGGGGGGUAUUACGAUUCAACACUCCAACCCAGCACUCCAGGCAGGGUUAGGACUAUCACUCAGUGUGUUGUAUACAUUGGAUGCUUGGCAAUGACACACUCUCCACAGGCAGUCUCAACGCUUGCUCACACAACCCCUGAAGCCGGAGGUUUGAGUUGAAGCUCCACAACACAAGAACCGUCUCCUGUCCUCCCCCUGCUCCUACUCCGGCUCCUCCUCCUCCUCCCAACCGACACCGCCGUAGCAGUUUCGUCCGUCAUGGAGACGACUGGAGAUGAGCCUAGUGCAGUGGCUGACUUCACGUAAGGCCUCUCACUCGCACCCAAACACGCGUUGAUCCCCUAUCCCCUACCAGCCGUGCCUUAUUGAUCCAGAUCUCAUAAUGGUGAGCGUUGAUGUAAGGCCAUAUUAAGACGGGGUCACUGCAUUCUCUUCCCCAGCUUAGAGGACGGAGUUAUCACGUCAGUUGGCAGCCUUCCUAGCCACAACUUUUGGCGUCACUUUUAUGACAGGGAGGAAAGGUUGAUAUUUCCUUCUCCCCUCCCCCACUCCAUUGUGUAUCUGUGUCAAAUCCAAGUGCAAUUGAAUUAUUCGGGCAUGGGGGUUGACCCGACAGAAAGUCUCCUUAUCUCUUGUGUCACACGCGCUUUGUUUCCAUUUAAGUUUGACAAAAAAGCGCUAUCCGGUCUUUGGGGGUCAACCACACCAAAACCAAUUACAUCAGUUGCGAUAUACUCACACUUAUCUAAACACUUUUUCUUCUUUUUGCAGACGACAAUGGGCCAGCAGGGCCUCGAGUUUAUUCAAUCAAAUCGGACCAAAAAGUAAAAUUCCAGCAAAAGAUGAACUUGGUAAGUUAUCUUGUUAAAACACGAGGAGAUGCAAAAUGAGAUUUCUUGUGUAAUCACACCUCCGAAUUUCAUUUCAGGCCAGAUAUUCACUCCACCGUAUAGUAUGCAAACAGUUACCUGCCAACGUAAAUAUAUAUAAUGGUAGGGCGUUGGAUUUAUAACCCACAGGUCGCGGGAUCAAACUCCAGGCUUCGCACACCUUGGGGUUGGGUAUGGCUGGCUGACGACGACUAACGAGCCAGAAAUGGCCAUCUCAGUCUUCCAUGUCUUUUUCGGUAAUACUAUUCUGCACAUAUAUGUACACGUUGCGUUUUCAGGCAUACAUAUACCCGUGGUCGGCCUUUAUUAAAUAAACAAACACCAACAAUAUGGGUUCUGUCCCAAGCAGAUUAACGAUCAGUUUCCAGUGUAUGAAUGGCAGCUUAGGACAAGUGGUCUCGCCUCUUCAUGGCCAAUUGUUGUUCGUGUAUGCGUGCAGGGCCGACCUUCCAGUUCUACCACAGUAAACUGCAUCGCAGACGACGCACGGAAUCUUGUAGAUAACCUCUUUCUUACCUUAAUGGCUAUGCCUAUCCUUAGGGUGUACAAGCUAGUUGCGUAAUGUAGUCGUCGGUUUGUGCGCCACUUGUAGGGGAUGUUUCCUCAAAUGCCCAUUAACCAGUUCGGACACGUUUUAAUGCACAGAAACGUUCGCCAGUUUCUUGGUUUGGAUGUCUGAUCGGAACAAUUUAAUUCCUUGUCUUUUUCUUUCAACUUCUGUUGUCUCAUGCAUCAAUGUGCAGAAUCUCUAGGGUACCCACUUUAGGAAAAAAAUUGAACAGAUAAUUAAAUGUUGUUUGUUAAUUAUCGCUGUCUGGAGAGCGUGUUUCCGCCUGAUGAAGUAGGUUGUUAACAGCACUUCGUCCGUGUAAAAUAGGAUGAUUGCUUUUGUAAUGUAGAACAACUUUCGCAUAAAUUUCUUAGCGGCAAAUUUAUGCGUGAAAAGUCUCGUCAGUCUUUCGCCGUACGAGAACGUCAAGGAUAGGGAGUUUGCUGUUAACCUCUUUUUCGAGCGCAAGCGAGAUUCCUGGUACUGUUGAGUUAAUAAAACCGUGGACCAUUUCCAAGUGAUCCAUUGUAACUACAACAAAAAUGGCCUCCACGUAACGCGCCCUGGGGAAUGAUAGAGAAUGCACGUCGUCCAGGCAAUUGGAGAGAAGAAGACGGGAGGGCGAUCGCUAAGACCAGUUGUUUAUUUGUCCGACGUUUCGAACUCUCACGUGAGCCCAUCGUCAAGGAAUGAAAAACUGUACAACUCAUCGCAUUUUUAGUUCACCUCUGUCGGGGAUGACCUCCAGCUGCGCUGAUGAUUUGUUCACGCAGUGCUUGAUACGCGAUUGGCAUCGAGCCAGCCGACAAGAAGGCUGAAGUCCAUUUCCUGCAGAAACUCUUCACAGCGAACGGCUACCUUGGGAAUUUUGUCGAAAAGUGCAGACGAGAAAGCCGGAGAAGAAAACCGAAGGGAUAACCAAAACCGAAAUGCUGGCGCGCAGUACCGUACAUAGCUGGUGUAUCAGAAGAAUUCGCUAGGCUGAUGAGCGAAUUUGGGAUUGACGUCGCUCACAGACCUGAAGCAACAAUACGCCGGCAACUUAUGCACCCUAAGGACCCGAUUCCCAUCAAUCAGAAAUCGAGGGUCAUUUACCGGAUAGACUGCAGUUGUGGUCAAGCCAAUUAUGUUGGUGAAAUCAGCAAACAGGUUCGCACGAGAUUGCACGAACAUGAGUUGCCUGUGAGACGGAAGGAUAAACUUGCCUUGGUAGCCGCCCACGCCUCCUCGCCAGGACACAGCUUUGACUUUCAGUGUGUGAGAAUAUUGGACCAGUCGGAUGACCGAGUUACUCACCUUCUGCAGGAAGCGUGGCAGGCAACCGAGGACUCGAUUAAUCGACGUAUCGAUCUGCCAAUCGCCUAUCAAGCACUGCGUGAACAAAUCAGCAACACAGCUAGAGGUCAUAUCCGGCAGAGGUGAGCUAAAUAUGCGAUGAGUUGUGCAGUAUUUCAUGCCUUGACGAUGGGCUUGAGUGAGAGUUCGAAACGUCGGAUAAAUAAACAACUGGUCCCAGCGAUCGCCUUCCCGUCUUAUUCUAUUCAAUUACCUGGGUCGCGUGUGUUCUCUAUCGUUCGGAAUAUAUACACAUAUAUCAUAGCUUGGCCUACUUCAGCCUGGUAGGUGAUCACACACUUCAAUGUUGGGUAUGACUGGCUGACCACGGCUAACGAUCCAGAAAUGGCCAUCCAAGUCUCCCUUGUCUUUGUCGGUAAUAUCAUUCUGCCUAUGUCCUGCUCCGCUGUGUGGCUACUGGUUGGGCUCGAGAGAGAAAGAGUCCUUAAGGCACAACGGAACGAGUGAGUUUCGUAAGAACGAUCGGUGAGCGUCCUCCACCAUUAUAUAUAUAUAUAUACAUGACAAGGGGUUAUACCGUAUCCCUGACAUAGAUACUAGCUAAAAACCACAUGUGUGUUUCUCCUAUGUUUCUGCUGCUGGAUGACGCAGUUGCGAGAGGUUCGGCUUCUCAGAAUUCUAAUUUCGGGUUGAAUCUUAAAAAGUCAUGUCAUGGACACUUAACCGCAUGUCCCGCGCUUAGUAAUUUUUGAAACCAUUACCUUCAUCACGCUCUGCAGUUCACAUGCCAGAAACCGCAUAUAGAACACUGGGAGACCCACUGAGGAGCCGAACCCCUCGCAGCUCUGUCAUACGGCAAGAGAAACAUCGGCGAAGCACGUUUCUGGGCUCUUAGCUGGCACCUUUGUCGGGAGUACGGUAUAAUCCAGGUCGUGCCUUUAGAGCAGUGUUAUGAACCUAAUAGCUCGUGUAAAUUUACAGUACUAUAUGUAGGAAGAGUAAUCGACAGAUACAGGGGGGACUAAGAUGGCCAUUUCUGGAUUGUUCGCCGUCGCCAGAUAAACUUGCUCGACCCCGGUUUGCAGGACCUUUGCCGCAAAUCCGCGUUCUUUGAACUUCGAGCGUUAUUAUGUCCAACUCCCUACCAUCAAACCAUGACUCCAUGUCCUAUCGGUUUCGAUGGGAAAUAGUAGCUACGAAUGCAGUGUGUUGGAGAAUGCAUUUAUAUUCAUUUGUUUUUAAAAAUGCAGUAUGUGCGAUGACAGGGCUCCUAUUGAACCCUUUACUAACACCAUCGUCGGCCGCCACCUAGUGCAGCCUAGUCCAAAACGAGUAUGUUCUUAAGGUACUUAAACGUUCGCCGCCGGCUUCUUUGCUAUUGCCUGCCAGCAGUCAUGUGCUAAGGCCUAAGACGAACUUAUUUUGCCAAGGGUCAAUCAUAGGCAUCUAAAUUUUCCCCAGAAAUCCCAAGACUGUCAACCAAAAUUACUGAACACCUGUCACAAAUGAUACAGUCCUUUGAACGUACAUUGUAUGACAGUGUUCAUGUCUCUCUUAGGUUCGAGGUCGAACCGACGCUGUAUCACGGGAGGUUUGUAUUGCUGAAUCUUGCCAGUUACUUAAAUAGUCAUUGAGCUUUUGCUUAUGAGUCUCCGCUUAUCAUUAUCUUCGUAUGUUACGGAAAACUAGCCCUCCCACAUCAAAACCACACCGGACGACGUCGAAACCAACAAGAAGUCCGUCAGAGUGGAGGGGGACCAGACUAGGCAGCAUCGAGGCUAUCCACGGCCGGACGGUGUUCAGUAUUUAGACCUGCCUUCAGCCUACAAAACGCGGGUCUCCAAAAAUCUGCCUGAUCCAAGGAAGUUGAAGAAAAAACUGCACGGACUCUUUGUUCCCUACCGUAUGGCCUUGGAAGACAGCCCAGGCUCAAGAAUCGUGUCAGGAGAUGGUGCCACCGCCCACCUGGCGCCUCCCCUCAUACCCCGGGAGCAAAUAACUCUAGCAGCGGGCGAUAAGCGCAGAACUCGCAAAACACGCCGCCGGUCCACCUCUAACCAUCUGCCCACCUGUUCCCGACACACAAAUGUACGCAUGCCAUGGUUACUUAUUCCAUUUAAGUAGCAUGAUAUCCCGCAAACUGCCUGUACUGAUUCCUGUCCGGUACUCCUUGCGAACUCUAGUAGUGGUUUUGGAGAAGAUCAGUCAGUCAGUAUAUUUUUAUAGUAAAUGACAGAAGUCAGGGAAACUCCAUUUAAACCGUACAGGUGUGAAUGAAAGGAGUGAAACUGCAAAAAUCUUACUUGUAGUUUCAGUGCGCAGAGUGCAUACAACUAAUGGUGGGACCUAAAUGUGAAAAAGGUGUGGCAUUUGCAAAAUAACGUCGAAAAAAUCGUUCAUUUCAUUCGCACUGGGAAAAUUUUCAUCUGUACCCGAAGGGAUCUGUUGAAUUCAUGUUAGUAGCACAUUUUAUUCUCCUUCGGAAUCCGCAGUUACCGCCUUCGAUGGCUUUGUCAUUGUCUACUAUCCAAAAUGUCACGGUAUUGGGGUGUUAAUCAGUCGUUAGCACGUCUUGUGGGAAAGUACGUCUUCCUUUUUGGCGAUUGUCCCACUAAAAACGACGAACGAGUGUGUUCUGCCUUACCACCUGGUCUUUGGCAGAAAAUUACUUGAUCUGGAAUUUUAGCUAGUGUCUGUACUGUCAGUAUGGUGAAUCAUAUAACACUGGACAUUUAUUAUGAAGGUUCUCAGGCUGAUGUCCUAGCGACCCAAUAAUGAGGUACUAAUAACUACCCUAUUCUAAUCCAUCUUUGAAAGCACCUGUUGAUAAUUGUUGCUGAAAUGAGCAGAUAGGUGUCUGUGGAAUUGGCCGGAUCCUACGUCAAUCUCGAAACGGUCGCUAGUUUCUCGGACAGAACAAGCGAAAGUGAGCCCCCGUCUCAGAUCGAGUUAGUUCUUUUGUUAAUGAGAUGUCCUCAAUAAUCCGAUGUAUGGUCCUCGCCCGUGUUUCCAACUCUAAGUUCAUGCAUUUGUUCCUCUGAGAAAUUGUUUUCUGGGAAAGUAAUGAAGCCUGCGUUUUGUCUGCAGGAAAAAGCACUCUAGUUUUCGGUAGUUUGGGUCGCUCGCAGACCCAAGGCGCACGUGGGGCCAAAGGCCGGCAGAAAAAAUGUCUGGUCAUGUCUUAUAGGUCCUUCGUCCAGCAAAACGAGUUACGCCACUAUUUUUGGGUGACCGGUGAUUUCUUACGUGGUCAUUAGGCUACAGCAAGUUAGGCUUGUGUAGCGUCGGCCUAACUAUCUUGCUCCAAUUACAGCAAGUAGGCUAUCUAAUAAAAAGUCUAUCGAAAUUCCGAACUGUGUUUUCUACUGGUAAGGAUUACUUAGUCAGGGUUGUAGUACUGAUUAUCGUGCGGCAUAAUCCCGGAAUAUUUCAGUCAAACCAGGACGCCGGCCUUUAAAUGAGCUUCUUUUUCGCUACUUGUAUAAACCACACUCGGCGAAUUAUAACUAUUUAAGUUGAGUGAUAUUUUUCCGUUGUCUUUCGAUGUCCUCAUAAAUUCAUAUAUACUUGAUAGAAAACACGCAUAAAGACACUUCUCUACACUCAUCUCACGUCUUAAAAUUUGAUGCGUGAAAAAAUUGCAACUUAGAUUUCCAAAAAUAGUUUGUAGUAAUGUCAUUUUCAAGACCGUGAGGUGUCUAUUCACAAAGAAUUUUACCAGUACGUCUACUAUUACUGCUUAUUAAGUAUACAACAGGGUCCGCAACCGUUGUAGAAUAUUAUGAGCCCUAUGUGACAUCUUUUUAAUAGCAUAGAGAAAUAUAUGAUUUGUCUUACACGGGCAGUUUGCAGCAUGGGUUUUGGAACCCUUAUCGCAAAUGUAGCCUCAGGUUGGAUUUAGAACUAUUCGGGAAUUGGAAAACUUUUUUUUAAACUGAAGGAUACCCGUUCUUUGGUAUAAAAUCCGAAGAAAACUUAAUUCUCUACCAAAUGAGUACAUGACAGUAAAACGCAUUAUACUUUACAAACGUUACGAAGCUGGAUGGAAAAUGCGUGCUACUUAAGUAGUCAUCUUCCGCCGAAAGUGGUUUACAUAGGCGGUGGGAACAAAGCUCAUUUAAAAGCCGGCAUCCUGGCGUGACUGAAAUAUCGCGGAAUUAUGCCGCACAGUAAUCAGUACUACAACUUCUCCUAAGUAAUCCUUUCUAAUUGAAAAUACAUUUCAGAAUUUCGGUCAACAUUUCGUGGCAUCUGUCACUUACUGUACUAGAUGCAGACAACGCCCAAUGUACCACGUGUCCAAGGUCGUGAAAUCUUUGCUGAAAUCCUCCGGCGGACUUGUAUUUAAAGCUGGCUACGUAAGUUGGUUUUCAACACUUACAUGCAGGGUGCGCAAUCUGAACACAGUCCACACACCGCGCCCGAAUGAUUUUCUGCCGUAAUUUUUCUCGGUAGUAUCAUCAGGGUUUUCUACCCUAUCUGAUGGCAUUAAGACUUUGAAUCAACCCCAACCUCUACUAACUGCCAUCUUCAUGCCUUUGUGCACGCAGAACGCAGCUCCACCAACAAACCAGUCGGCUGCUGUGCCAAGACGAAAGUCCAUUCUCCGCUCGAGAACUCUGAGUUUGAACGCUGACUCCUAUGGAUGUGAUGACAGCGGUGGUUGUUAUUCCGUUGCUAAGCAAAGCCGAGCAUGUGGGACGCGUAUCCGCGCCGACCCCGUCACUCUCUUUCAUGCCUACAGACGUCAAUGGCGCAACACCCUUGUGCCCGGUGAGAAUGAUCGUCGUUCCCUACGAUGGUCCGUGAAGGCAGCCAUGAUGAUACGUGAGAUCCCUGUGCUACCCAGCUCCGGUCGUUCAAUCAGGUCGCAGUUUCAUGUUUAUCCUGGCGUAGUCGAGUCCCGCACUCCGCGAAAGCGCAUUUCCACCUCUUCUGCCCGCCAGGAGUCCCGAUUCCUGGUACGUCUAUGCUUCUUCCUAUUCCUUCGGCUUGUUGUUUAA